AUGGCGACAACAGGCAGCAGAGAAGGUUUGGUUGACACCAUGAGCGGAUCCGCAGGGGGUUCUGUCAACAACGUUUCCACUUGGCAAGGAGGAAGUUGUGAGGAGUCUGGAGAGGAAACUGAGACUGAGAGGCAGGACAAAAGUGUGAAAGUGUGUGAGGAGUGUGCCAAGCAGUUCAGUUGUCUUAGUGCUAUGAAGACACACAUGCGGAUUCACACGGGUGAGAAACCCUACAGGUGUGAUGAGUGUGGAAAGAAGUUCAGUCGGCUGGAAAAUCUGACGACUCACAUGCGGACUCACACUGGUGAAAAACCCUACAGAUGUGAGGAGUGCAGCAGGCAAUUCACUGAGCUUGGGACUCUGAAGAGGCACAUGCGGACUCACACAGGUGAAAAACCCUACAGAUGUGAGGAGUGCAGCAGGCAAUUCACUGAGCUUGGGACUCUGAAGAAACACAUGCGGAUUCACACAGGUGAGAAACCCUACAGAUGUGAGGAUUGCGGCAGGCAGUUCAGUCAGCUGGAUAAUUUGAAGACUCACAUGCGGCUUCACACAGGAGAGAAACCAUACAGGUGUGAGGAGUGCAGCAGGCAGUUCAGUCGGCUGGGUCAUCUGAAGAGACACAUGCGGACUCACACAGGAGAGAAACCCUACAGGUGUGAGGAGUGCAGCAGGCAGUUUAGUGAGGCAGGGAAUCUAAAGAAGCACAAGCAAACUCACAAAGAAGGAACCCUACAGGAGUGA